UGGGUAUAUUUGUUUAUAUUGGGACGUUUAUGUGAGUAAAAGAGAUGUAUAGCGGGUGCUGUGCAAAAGAUGGCGAGCAAAAUGUUUUUUUCUAGCCUGAAAGAGAUGCAGAGAUGAACAACUGAUAUGACAUGUUUAGUUUGUGUGAAAGAGACCAUUAUGCAUUGCAAAGGGGUGUUUUUAAUUUGUUUAAAGGUGUCGAGAUUGUCACACAGACUGUUUGCUAGUUUAUUUAAUUAUUAAGUUAAUUUGUUUUAAAAAUAGCAUCAUAUCAGUAUCAUAAUAAAACAUUAUAAUUCCAGUAUGAAUGGUUGAAUUUGUUUGUUGUAUUGUGACGUCUUCGUUGUUAUUAUGCCUACUCAUUCGUUGUUGUUGUGUUUAUUCCGUGUACAGGAGUAAGUUUUGCUGAGACAUGUUUGCGUUUACGUAUUAAAUAGAAACACUAGUAGGAAUAUAUUGAAGGGUAUAUAUUUUUCUACUAAUCGUACGUUAUAUUAUACAAAUUUAUCCACAUAUAGUUCGACAUUGGACCAGAGAUAGAUUAUGUUGGUAGACAUACUAGGGGAGGCUUGGACCGAUAUGGGACAGUACAGCCAUUGAUGAUCAUGAUUUACUCUACCUCAUAAAAUCAAUUUUACUGUGUUAAUUGAAGUAAUUUGUCUCUUUUCGUUCAAUUAUAUAUACGUUAUAAAAAAGGCGAUAUUAAUUUAGUAAAAUUAAUAACUGUGUACGUUUUGUUUUGUGUUCAUAACAUUAUUCUUGUAUGCACGCUUGGGCAUUGCUUGAUAACAAACCUUUCGCUACAGGUACAAAGCUAUCACCGCACGGCGCUCACAAACGCACUCUUCACAGAUUUCCCCGAAGUUCUAAUUUUAACCAUAUUGUACAAAAAUACGAAGGACCAAAAUGUAAACAAAACCUUAACCAAAAAUUAACAGCUGCUGAUACUAUAGCCGUGUAUAAAGACAAUGUCAGUUGUUCUAGUACAUUUUCUUUACAGUCUCUAGAUUCGAUUCCUAAAUAUCAUAUGCGUACCAGGUCUUUGCCAAGAAAACUGAAAACUGAAUUCACACCUGUCUACAGAACUAGGUCCCAUGGCGCAUUCGUUAAUUCAUACAUAAAUAAUCCUGAACCCGAACACUUCCAUGUACCAAAAUGCGACAGCUGCGGCUUCAUAAAUAAUACAUAUGCAUGGGAAAUGCGCAAAAUUGAUCCUAGAUAUAAACAAUACGGAUCCUUAUAUUAUUCUAUUGAUAAUUUAGCAAACGGUGUCGAAGAACUUAAAAUGGACUCAAAACCAAAGAUUACCCAAACAAGUGAUAGUGAUGAGGUGCCAACACUGGACUUGAAGUGUGAAGAAGAAUUUGUUGAGAGUCAAGAAUUUAAUGAAGAUAACUAUUUUGAUGAUGUAACCAACUGCUUAUCGGAAAAUCAUAUAGAAACUGCUGAAGUUCAACGAGCUGAGGACGCAAAAAGUGAGGGUAUUUUCAGAGCCGAAUAUGUAACAGUUCAAACUCAGACUGACUUCAGUUAUAACACACUUGACUCCGAAGGUGAGUACCACAGCUUUACAGAGGAUAUGUUGGAAGAUAUUGAUGCUGUUGUGUAUGAAAGUCCAGUUAAAAAUCUCGUCGACAAAGAUAUAAGAGAUUAUUCGGUACCAAUUAACUUCUACUGCGAAGAAUAUGGAAAGAAAGACAGCCCAAGGGUUUCUCCGUUAAAGAAGAAAGAAGCUCCUAAAAAUAUAUUAGAACCUAUUUUGGAGGAAUCCAAAAGUUAUGAAGAAUCAACAAGUGACAGCAAUAAAACUCAACACUCCGAAACAGAUUUAACCGACCCAAAAAUUGUACCAAAAAACGAAGAAAUAGAUACACAUCCUUUUUUUGAAGAUUUCAAACGACCUAAAGAGCCACCUAAACGCGAAUCCUUACAUCAAAAUGAUGCAAGAUCUAGUUGUGGAAUGAGUACCUUAUCAACUGUUAAUAGUUUCGAUUCUACAGCUGAAUUUGAAAAAUUGGAAGCGGUUACAGAAAUAAUAGAUUUAAUCUUGGGUAAGAUAAAUUUUGUUGUUGAUCGUAAUGAAAAUCUGUUUGCGAAAAGCAUUCAAGAUGCUAACAGUGAACCGAAUGGGUUAUUUUCUAUAACUGAUAUUAUUAGUGAUAUCGAAAAUAAUGUUCUAGAUCAUACACCCGUUGAUAUUUCCGACUCUUUCAUGACUGAUUCGUUAAGAGUAGCUGAAGCAGUUUUGUAUUAUAUUUUUAAUAGAGCUAUCUGUUCGAGUCAUAGUCGGAAAUCAAAACAGAUAACUAAAACAGUUAUAACAAUUGUUGAUGUUGAAGAUAUUUUGCUAACGACGUCGCGGGAGUGGAUGGGAAUUUUUCAUGAUUUCACUUUCAAUGAAAUUAGUGAUGUUAUAGUAGAUACACCUGAUACUAACAAAGGCAGACAACAGUUUGAUAAUAAGUCUGAAGAAGUACAUAUAGUACUUAAUAUGAGUCACGGUGUACCUCUGUAUUUAGACAACAUAGGCUCAACAAAUACAUCUGACAGCAAUGAAGAUUUACCAUUUUAUGGAAAUGACAGUGAUUUUCCUGAUUGCCCACCAGACGCCACACCCAAAAGUGAAGAUAAUAAAAACUCUGAUAACAAUGAAUUCAAUUUGAAUGCUAAUCAUAAUUUCGAGGAAUCGUCAGAUACAAUAUGUGAUUUGCUAGAAAAAUCAAUAAAUACUAUUUCACAUCUUAAAGAGGAUAUGAAUGAAACGUUUGUUAUUCAGGAUAAAAUGAAUGAAGCAUUUGUGGAUUCGCAAUUCAGUCAUUCAUCAACUCCACAGAGAGUGGUUUUCGAAUGUCACGAGUCGCCUAUAAAUGCGAGUCGGUAUGAAAGAGAUGAUUCCAUACUUUCUCCCUUCUUAAAGAAGACUCAAGUACUCUCAAUGUCCCAGACAGAGCACCGAGGCGGUAUAAAGUAUUGGGUGUCCUUCUCCGAUGAUAUAGAAACGGAAAAGGAUGGUAGAUCCUUAAAAAAGUUCAACGACGAUUCGGUACCUAGCUAUUACGUCGUUGAUUUUGAAGAGAACGAUAAUGGCAAAGUGCUGGAAAGGAAUGAUUUCUCCAACGAGACAUUUUCAAAUUAUGACAGUUGUGAGUCCGAGAAAAUGGAAGGAAAGUUGAUUUACGAUUUACGAGAAAAACGCCGAAUGUCUAGAAGUUGGCCACCGACUGAUGAGUCGUUGUUUUAUAGAAUUCUAUCCAAUUUUAGAAUGUCCCAGAGCUUUGAAUUAAGCGAUCUUAAUUAUACUAAAUUUGAAAAUAGUUUGUAAUAAUAUUUAGACAGGAAUUCAGAAAUAAUAAUUAUUGCUAAUGAGGAAUAUCUCCAUAAGAUUUUAGGAUAAGAUAACAAAUAUGUUGGACUGCCUAAGGGGCGAAUUGCGGCCAUAAUUAUUCUUAUUUUUUCAUUCUAUUUAUCAAUCAUUUGCGGCUAAAUUAAUUUACCCUGUAAAACAAUAAUUGUUUUUAGCUCGAAGGUAGACGCAGAAUAAAAAAAAUACAAAAGCAGGAAUACUUAUAGUACGAAGAACUGGCAUUGUCUUCAUUUCAACGGCUUAUUAACGGUUAAACGCAAGUGAAGUUAUAGUUUUUAUAUUGGUCUUUGUCAUUCAUUGCACUGUGUAUAUUGUGUUAUUUUAUGUUAAUGUCAAACAAAUUAUUAUUCAAACAAACAA